CAAAGAGGGACCUCUAAGACUGUUCAGACUGCACAGAUUGCAGUGUCUUUGAAACUUCAACUGAAUGUAUACGAAUAUACGGAUACCGUUACAUCCUGCAUCAGCUUCUGUGAAGACGUGUGUGUACCAACAAAAAGACAUUUCGCACGUUCAGUAACAACAAGCGUUGGUUCACCACCAAACUUCGACAACUUCGCCUGGCAUUAGAGCCUAUCCCCGUACAAUUGGGCUAGAAACAGCCUGACAAAGGAAAUUAACAUUGCAAAGAGAAAUUAUGGAGAAAAGCUGAAGAACCAGUUUAAUGCAAAUGACUCUACGUCAGUCUGGCGUGGUCUACAAUUGCUAACUAACUACAAGCGAGCAUCCCCCCCAAGCGCCUGCACUUCAACGCAAACUUGCCAAACUUUGUUGAAGUUUGCAGACGACAUCACAGUCAACAGCCUCAUCAAAGACGGUGACGAGUCUGCGUACCAACAGGAAGUGGAGCGACUGGAGUUUUGGUGCGGCCAACGUAACCUGGAGCUGAACACGCUCGUGACUGUGGAAAUGAUCAUGGACUUCAGGAACCAUCCUUUGCCAAAGCUGCCCCUCAGGCAGCUCAACUGCCCUGUGUCAACCAUCGAGACCUUCAAGGUCCUGGGAAUUACAGUCGCUCAAGACCUGAAGUGGGAGACCAACAUCAAUUCCAUCCUGAAAAAGGCCCAGCAUAGAAUGUACUUCACGUAGCUUCUGAGGAAGCGCGGCCUGCCACAGGAGCUGUUGAAGCAGUUCCACACAGCAGUCAUUGAUUCAGUUCAUCAGGUGUUCAUCCAUCACAGUCUGGUUUGGUGCGGGUACAAAGAAGGACAAAAAUCCGACUGUAACGGACAGUCAGGAGUACCCCCCUACCCACUUUUGAGGACUUGCACGCUGCGAGAACUAGGACAAGUGCUUGCAAACUCUUCUUGGACCCUCCACACCCUGGUCAACACCCCGUCCAAGCUCCUUCUCUCAGGCAAAUGUGGCGGGUGUGCUUCAAAGGCAUUUUAAUGGGGCGGCUGUGUGAAGAUGCCAGCAGGCCAAUUACGGAUGUGGGCUACACUUCAGCACUUCCCUGAAUCUUGCUGCACAGAUACGCAGGCAACGAAGGAACGAAUGAGGAACACGAUGUGGCGGUGCUGCUGUUUCUCGGUUCUUCUGGGCUCGCUUCUGGUGGGGGCCCAGUUCCCCAGAGAGUGCGUGACCCCCGAGGGGCUCCGGAGCGGUCGCUGCUGCCCGUCCCCGCCGGGCCUCGACGGCGACCCUUGCGGUUCCGGCGCCGGCCGCGGCCUGUGCGCGUCCGUCUCGGCGGAUGCGCGCCCCCACGGCCCCCAGUACCCGCACGACGGGCGGGACGACCGAGAGCGCUGGCCGCUCCGGUUCUUCAACCAGACGUGCCGGUGUAGCGGCAACUUCGGCGGCUACAACUGCGGGAGAUGCAAACACGGCUGGGCCGGAGCCAACUGUGACCAGAGAGUGUCUGUAGUGAGGAGAAACGCGAUGCAGCUCAGCGCCGCCGGGAAGCUGGCCUUCGUCAACGCGCUGGACCGGGCCAAGCGCACGGUACACCCGGACCUGGUGAUCGCCACCUCGCGCCACGCAGAGAUCCUCGGGCCCGAUGGCAGCAGCCCGCGGUUCGAGAACAUCUCCAUCUACAACUACUUCGUGUGGAGCCAUUACUACUCCGUCAGCAAGACCUUCCUGGGCGCCGGCCAGCCCAGUUUCGGAGGGGUGGAUUUCUCCCACGAGGGUCCGGGCUUCGUCACCUGGCACCGGUACCACCUGCUCCAACUGGAGCGAGACAUGCAGGACAUGCUGCAGGAGCCCACGUUCGCCCUGCCCUACUGGAACUUCGCCAUCGGAGGCAGCACUUGCGACAUCUGCACCGACGACCUGAUGGGAGCCAGGAGCAGCUUCGACGCCGACUCGCUCAGCCCCAACUCCGUCUUCUCCCAGUGGAGGGUCGUCUGCGAGAGCGUGGCCGACUACGACACGCUGGGAACCGUCUGCAACAGCACGGAGACGUCGCCGAUAAGAAGGAACCCCGCGGGCAACGUCGACAGGCCCACGGUCCAGCGUCUCCCGGAGCCUCAAGAUGUUGCCGACUGUCUGCAAGUCAGCACUUUUGACACAGCGCCGUACUACUCCACAUCCUCAGAAAGCUUCAGAAACACCGUUGAAGGCUACAGCGCCCCCCAGGGGAACUACGACCCCGCAGUAAGGAGCCUCCACAACCUGGCCCAUCUGUUCCUGAACGGCACGGGGGGUCAGACCCACCUCUCGCCCAACGACCCCAUCUUUGUCUUGCUCCACACGUACACGGACGCCAUCUUCGACGAGUGGCUGCGGAGACAUAACCCAGAUUCGGCUGUGUAUCCUGAGCAAAAUGCACCCAUUGGUCACAACCGGGGCUACAACAUGGUUCCUUUCUGGCCUCCCGUGACCAACGCUGAGAUGUUCGUGACCGCCCCCGGAAACCUCGGCUACUCUUAUGAAGCCGAAUGGCCAGCUCAAGCUUUCACGCUGACCGAAAUGAUCACAAUGGGCAUCAUCGCCGCACUCCUGCUCGUCGCCGCCAUCUUCGUGGUCUCCACCUGUGCCGUGCGCUCCAGGUCCCGCAAGAUGGAGGCUCUGCAGCCGCUGCUCGGCGAUCGGUACCAGCGCUACGACGACGGCAAAAGCCAGUCGGUCGUCUGAGCGCGCCGCCACUCGGACCUUCGCCAUUUAUUGCUCGUAUUCUAUUAUUUUAUCUUUCAGACCAUUACAACGAGAAUAAUCGGACAUUGUCAGAACGCAGAAGGAUAAUUUAAGUUUAUGAUGACACACUACAGUACACCCAUGCAAAUGUGUGGCUAGGGUAGCCAAAAAUUACUCAAGUAACAGUAUUGUUACUUUAGAAUAACGUGACUCAAGUGAAACAAAUAAUUACUUGAGUCGUCAGUGAAAAAACUACUCAAGAACAGACUAAUUGGUGAGAAACCUAUCAUGUUUUUUUUUUUUUUUAGAUUAGCGCAAGAACUUUUACAUCGGCAAAUUCGCUAUUUUGUCAUGUUAAGUGUCUUAUCAUGAUAAAACAGCAACUAUCUUUUUUUUUUUUUUUUUUUUUUGCUUAGCAUGCUACUUCAAGACAAUAGCAAUGUAAGUCCAAAGAAAUUAAAUACAUAUAUGCCCAAUUUCCUACUAAUUAACAUGUAUUUUAUGUGUACCGCCAUGCAAUAUUUUUUUUUUUUUUGGGUCAAAAACUGUCGUAAAAUCAUUGUAAUUGCACCUUUCGGUCGACAGAGGGCGGCAUAGUCCUGCAAGUACGCCGGUACAGGACAGUUUAAGGAUGAGAUUUCAAUAAAAAAAAAAAACAGCAACAA